AUGGCUGUGUGGGGGUGUGGGAGCGUGGUGGUGUGGGAGUGUGGUGGAAGCGACAGCAUCAAAGUCCUCGAAAUCCAGGUUCCCCCUAGGGUUCCGACGGGGGAAACAGUACGGCUCGGUUGUCUCUACGACCUGGAGGGCGCCAACCUCUACUCCCUCACCUGGUGGCGCGGCACCGAACAGUUCUACCAGUUCAGCCCGAGUAGCCAGGAGCAGAUGACGGUUUACGAUUCUCCGGGCAUCACCGUUGACCGAAACAGGUCAAGCCGUGACGAGGUCGUCUUGAGGAAUGUGUCUCACGCUUCGGCAGGAAGAUACAAGUGCGAGGUCCUGGCGGAUUUCCCGAGCUAUGAGAAGGACUCGCAGAUUACCAGCAUGGAGGUCAUAGGUGAGUUGUUAUACUGUGUAAUCUCAAAGAAGAAAACAAUGGACAAGUCACCCCUGGCGUUCGAGUAUUGCGAUUCGCCAAGGCUCAUGGGUGUUCGAACUGGCUGA